UCUGACCGCCAUAUUUGAUUCUGUAGAAAAAAAACAAAAUAUUAUGAUAUUAUUUGUUUAGCUGUUAAGCUAAGUUAAAGUAGUGUACUAAAGAAAUAUUUUGCGUUGUAAGUUAAUAGAGUUGCGAUUUUAACUUGCGACUAGCUAAGUAAAUGUCACUGGUGGAUCUGGGGAAGCGGCUGCUGGAGGCUGCACGGGCUGGGCAAGAUGAUGAUGUCCGGACCCUCAUGGCCAAUGGCGCUCCCUUCACUACUGACUGGCUUGGGACAUCCCCACUUCAUCUAGCGGCUCAGUAUGGGCACCACUCCACAGCUGAGGUUCUACUCCGAGCAGGCGUUAGCAGGGAUGCCCGGACCAAAGUGGAUCGGACCCCACUUCACAUGGCAGCCACAGAGGGCCACUCCAACAUUGUGGAGCUGCUUGUCAGGCAGAGUGGAGCGGACAUCAAUGCCAAGGACAUGCUGAAGAUGACAGCACUGCACUGGGCAGCCCAACACGGUCACAGGGAGGUGGCAGAGCUGCUGCUCAAAUAUGGUGCAGAUGUCCACUCCCUCAGCAAGUUUGACAAGACCCCUUUUGACAUUGCCAUGGACACCAGCAACACUGAACUAAUGAUACUGUUACAGGAUGGCAUGCAGAGCCAAGUGAACAUGAACCCAGAGCCCCAGUUCAUUAUCUCCUCUGCUGGGGUCGUAAACCUCUCUGACCUUGUCAACACCACUGCCAAGUCAGGAGAAUCUGUCUCUACCACCUCCGUCCUGGCAACAUUGGCAGCCCUGGCAGAAGCCUCCAGUCCCAUGGGUGACAAUGAAGGCAAAUCAGAGGAUGCAAUUGCUGCAGACUCUGUUGACUCUGCCAUUCAGCAUGUAGUCGGUGACGGAGGUCAGAGGGUCAUCACCAUAGUGACAGACCAACGUGGAAACCUGCAGCCAGCCGGCAUUGGGCAGCAGUUCUUUGUCACUAUGCAGGGGCAGCAAAUGGUGGCAGUCCCGGCUGGUCAGAUCACAGAGGAGGUAGUGGAACAGGAGCUUCAGCCUUCUCCAGCACGCAAGAGGAGAGUGGAGCCAGCAGCCAUUCUAAUCAGUCCCAAAGACAAGAAAGCAAAGUUGGGAGACAGCAGUCGUGAGCAGCUCCAGAAGCAGCUACAGGAGGCCAACAGGAAGGCCCAGGAGUACCGCACACAGCUCCUCCAAAAGGAGCAGGAGGCUGAGCAGUAUCGCCUCCGACUGGAGGAAGCCAUUGAGCAACAACAGAUCAACAACACCAGUAAUGCUGUUUCUACUAUCAGCACACCUGGCCUGGAGGGAGAUGGUGAGGUGGAGGAGGAGGUGGUCCAAAUGGUGAAACAACCUGAGACCGAGGAGAGGGUUUUAGGAGAGGAGGACAAAGUGGAAGGAGAGGAGGACAAAGUGGAAGGAGAAGAGGACGUCCCACUACCAGAAGACACCAUUUUGGUUAAAGUAGAGGAAGAGUUGGAUUCAGGGGAGGGAGAACAGAUUACCGUUGAUGAGACGGAGGGAAGUGCUUCAACUAGGGUGGCAACACUGUCCAAACGUGGCAGAGGAAGAGGGAGGGGACGAGGACGUGGAAGGAGGCGGUAGUCAAGUCUGUAUUCCCUCCCUGUUAUUUCAGCAUUGUUUAAUGCUUAGUAUUAACAGUACUUUUUUAAUGUUAUUUUAUAACAAUGUUGUCUUGUGUUUGUAACUGUAAGAUUUUGAGAUUAUUUACUUGUAAUGUAACUUGUAAUGAAGAAGCCAUUGUACAGCCCUUGUAUGAAAAGGAAUGUUGGCCUCGGGUUGUGAAAUUACUGCAAUGUGUGUUUGAUUGAACUAUGCAUUUAUUCUCUUAAGAAUAAGGCCUGCAACAUAUUUUAAUAUAAUAUAUUCAAUCCACAGCAUUGCAUGGGUGUGUCAUCAGCAUCAUGUUUAUAAUAGGUAGAACAAGUUUAUAAUACCAACUAAGCUAAUGUAUCAGAAUUUUCAAAUAAGGUUUUCCACAACUGGAUUAGGUUGAUAUUAUAUGUGAGUGUAUGUAUUUGUGUUUAUGUGUGUGUAUUCAAAAUCUGUAAUUUAAUGUUAUUCUUCAGCUCUUAUUUUUGUUCCUUUUGUAAUUUGAAAUGGUGUUACGUUGUAUAGACCUGCCUGUCAGUAGGCAUUGAUUUGGGAUUGAAGCCCAGUCUAGACUAAUACGCUCUUAUACAAAUAUUGUUUACUUAUGCACUCUUUAGAUGGCUUUUAGGCUGUUUGGUUUAGCAUUAAGACAUUGUAUCCACUUUUUGGAACUUUGGCCUUGUGCUUUUUUUAACCUUUUUUAAAGAAACACUAUCAGGGGUUAUCAUCCAGUCGGUUUGAAGAAAAAGAAGAAACACUUUGAUACGAAAUAUUUUUUGUGAGAAAAUGUGGGAUACUACUUUAUUAUUAAGAGAUGUUUUUGAGAAUACAAUAAAUAAGUGCUUAUUGUUAUUCUA